GAUAGUCGCUUUUUCAAGCAACCUUCUGCGUGCAUAAUCCUGCUGCCUUUCAGAGCUCGGAUGGUAUCUGUUCGCGUUCACUUGCGUCACGACCGUGUAUUCUGACACCAUUGCCCGCUUAUAUAAGGUCUAAGCGUACCUUGCAAUCACCUUAUCCAUUAUCGUGUAUUCUGGUCUUAGGGAAGGCGCUCAGUGUUUCGCGGCCUCCUUGCAGCAUAGCUCCUCUACAACAGGCGUACCAUUCGAUCUCGGCCUCUAUGACAUCCAUUAUCCCAACUUAACUUAGCCUGACUUAUCUUUAUUACGUGCGCCAACAGCGCCGGCUCGCUCGCGCCAAACGGCCCCAAGGGGCCGCCUCCAUCCCGCCCCAUCCGGGCCUUCCCACAGCACUAGCAAUCUACGGCACGCCGCCAAAAUGCAGUCGCUUCGAGCAGCCCCGACUCUCCCAGUUUCCCUUCAACGCACGCUGCGACCGGGCCCCGUCUCGUUUCCUCGGCUGCUAUUCCGCACAUGCCCGCUGCCAUGUCCCGGACUGCGUUCCAAGCCGACAGUGGCUAGCGCUGUCAAGGAGGACCGCAAAACGGGCGGUGGUCGCAAGGGCGAGGGUCGCACCGGCAGCAGCCGCUCCCCCUCUGGCACCACCAGCGGCAGGACCACCAGCGGCAGGAAAGACCCCAGCAGCAGCAGCAGCGGCCACACAACCAGCGGCAGUUCACGGCAGCUCAAGCCCACUCAAGCACCACCACCACCACAACGAAAGCAGCAGCAGCAGCCCCCAAACCAGCAGCAGCAGCAGCCGAGGAAGGGAGUGGUGACCAACAAGGCGUCUGCCUCGCAGCUGGACCAGCUGAUGCGGAAGCACCCGCUCUUCUCGCGCUUCUACGACACCACGCUGCUGCUGGGGGAUGCGGUGAUGGUGCUGGCGACGGAGGCCUCUUCCAACCGCAUCGAGUGGUCCUCCUUCCCCGCGCUGGUUGCUGUGCUGCUGGUCUGCUGGCUGGCUGCGGGGGCGGCCAACGGGGACUACUCGCCGGCGGGCAGCCGGGCGCACGAGGACGUGCCCUGGCAGCUGUCCAUGCUGGGACCCACCUUCGGGGCGGUCCUGGGCGCCACCCUGACAUGGGCCUUCGCCUCCACCGCCGCCGUGGCUGCCUACGCGGGUCUGGUGGCCGCCAACCUGCUGGAUGCGGCGCCGGUGGUGGAGGGCCUCAACUCGGACGACCUGUCGCCGCAACUGGAGGUGAUCGUGGCGCUGCUCAUCACUAUGACCUGCUGGCGAGGCAUCGUGAGCAAGCUGCGACCCACCAUUCCAGGAGGCAAGGACUGAGGGAGGAAAAAGAAUUUCCGAAGUGUGGUGUGAGGACUGAGGGAGGAGGAAGGGGAGGAGAAGGAAGGAAGAGGAUGUAUCUCGGGAGAAGAUGAACUUGGACGACGGCAUCUUACAGUGGUUUAAUUAUUGCAUGGCAGGCGAAGAUAUGUGUAUUUGUAUUAUGGCAAUAAGCUAGCAGCGGGUCGUGGUGUGUUGCGAGUGUUGUGGGUGUUUGUUUGGACAGUUGCGUGCGCGUUUGUGGAGGAUCGGUGCUUGGUGCGUGCUACUUGUGUAGCGUAACGUGUUGCUCGUAAGUAAGGAUGAGGGCCCGCACCUGCUGUUGUUGGGGUUCGUACGAUACCUGGGUAGGUGUGCAGGAGAGGCAGGAGCCGUACCAGCCGUACGGCUGCACACUUGGCAAGAACGACGGCGUUGGGGUUAAGGAGUGUAUGAAAGCUCAGAAGAGAUUGCACGGGGGGACUGUAGCCUUGUUUGCUGCUUGCUUCCAGCAUCUUGUAUGACCCCUUCGGCUGAAUGUUAGCUGUUUUGAGACACCCUGAUAACCGGAUUUUGGCAUGGUGGCUUGCCUACAGCGCACGCCUUGUGUUCGGCCGCUAUGUACAUGCGUACAGACUGUAACUGUAAUUUUAGUAGCAGUACCCGUACAAUGCAAGGUCGUUAUCAGAACAGGGAGGUGUAAGCAUGCUGGUGGAGUAUUGUUGCUGCGCAGUGACGGCCUCCAGUGGGAGCACGGGAACUGCCGUACAGUUGCACACAUGUGCCUGCGAAGCGAAGGCUUGCCUAGGGACCGCCCCACUUCGUUACGCCGCUCGGUGCUUUCAGCAGGGACUACGCUCUUGCCACGCUCGGCAGUAGCAGCAUGCAUCUCGUGCUGCGGUGAGUGCUGCGUCAUGCUGCGAUGUAAUCUCAGAUGGGGUGGCGUUACGGCAUUAUACCUACUCAAUAGAUCGAAGCGGACACCAAACUCCAGUUGUUGGUAGCACUCCUACCCGCUCAUUUAUCUAUAGGAGGUCUCUCGAGUGCCAAAAUGUCGAAAAAGGAGGAUGUUCUCGACAAGACCUCGCGUUUCCUUGCCCAGCGCGAGGGCAUCGAUAAAACUCUGAAGGUGCUCCGGUACUCAGCGCGACUGGUGGUUGCCCUCAGCCCCAAAGACCAGGACCUGACCAAGAGGCUUUCGGCAUUUGAAAAGAGCGUCGGCGUCUCGCGUAAGGCGUACCGCCUGGGCAAGUUCCUUCAAGAUGUAAACAGCCUUCGCCACAGCAAGACCACGGACGCGACGCUCCUGUUUGAGUUGCUCGCCUACGGUGGCGAGGGUGUGUACUACUUCAUUGAGCAGUUCACAUGGCUUGUCAAGGCGGGUGCGCUGCCAAAGGACCUGGAGGAGCGCCUUGGCCGUGCCAGCGCGCUGGCGGAGCUUGUGGGAUACGCCGGUGGCCUUUGCAUCUCCAUGCACAAGCUCUCGAAGCUCAUGGAGCAGGAGCGGGACCUCGAGGAGAAGCUUAGCAAGGAUGGCGCCGAUGAGAAGCUGAAGGCCAAGCUGGCAGCGGUGAAGUUCGACCGGGGCCUGCGCUGCGCGCUCAUUGUGCAGGAUCUGGCGGACUCGCUGAUGGCGUUCAACGACCUCACGGGCGGCAAGCACAAGGGGAUUAACAACCCCGUGGUGCUGGCGGUGGCGGGCUUGGCGUCGGGCUUCAUUAGCUUCUACAAGAACUGGAACAAGUAGUGUUCCACAUCUUGUCGCUCUGCCGUACGGGCACCGUGUCGCAGUACACAUGCUGGUGUCUAACCGAAGAGCGUGCAAUUUUGAUCAUUUUAGUGUGAUUGCAUAUUGGUGUAUAUGAAACCCAUAUGAUUACCAGUUUUAUACCGGAGCAGUCGUAACUGGAACAGUGCUUGCAACUUGGCUUUCCAUGGCGGCCACCUCGGACUCUCUCCAGCGGCAGGUUGAGUCUCUUCGGGAAUGCUGUCCCGUACUAUGUCCAGCCAUCACACCGAACGGCUAUGACACUCAGGACCUAAUAGAUUUAAUGCAGAAUGCUGGUCGCGAAUCAGUGCAAGCGUUUGAAGAGCUCUUGGACAACGCUGGGCGCGGGGUAUCUGCUUGCUGUGUCUGCGGUGCCGAUGGGACCCCAUCGACAAGCAGCAGUUCGUCUGACGACGACGAUGACUCGGAGUCGACCCUGUUCUUUACGUUGCUCACGGGGAUAGACUUCAAGAAUCGGACCGUCCAACUUCAGAACGCCGGGUUCGCCUGCCCCCAGUGCCGCGCCCUCCGCAGCACCUGCCGCAUGAUCCGCUUCGCAUCGCUGCACGUGGGCGGCUUCGGCGGCCAGCAGGACAGCAGCCAGGGCGAGGCCCCGCAGCGGCUGCUGGUGCUCGCUGCGCACCUGGCGUCCACCAACCGGGCGCCCGAGGGCGUGCAGGCCAGUCCGGAGGCGCUGGCGGUGUGGCUGCAGGAGCUGUACUGCAGGGCGUACGCGCUGCAGGUGGUGGCAAGUAACCUGGGCGGCUGGAAGGCGGUGGGGCCGGAGGGGCAGCCGCUGAGCCUCUCCCGCGGCAAGGACGUUGUGGCGGCAGCACGGCUGCUGCUGGGGCAGCGCGAGCGGGAGCAGCAGAAGCUGAAGCAGCAGAAGCAACAGAAGCAGAAGCAACAGAAGCAGAAGCAGCAGCAGCAAGCGGAGCAGAAGCCUCCUCAGGAAAAGGCUCAGCAGAAGCAGGAGCCUGGCAGCACACGGAAACAGGGCGGGAAGGAGGAGCCGAAGCAGAAGGCCGCCAAGGCUGCGGCGGCUCCGGAGCAGGCCCCGGCGGCGCAGGAGCAGCGACCCGCCAAGAAGCAGAAGAAGUCGGCUUUGGCUGCUGCGGAAGACGGGCAAGCCGCCGCUGCAGCGGCAGAGGGUGGUAAAGCAGCCGGGGCUGCACAGCCGUCCCAAACCGGCAAGAAGAAGCGGCCCAUGCAGCAGGAGCAGCAGCAGCAGGAGCCCGCCCCUCGCAGCGGCAAGGCGGCUGAUGGGAAAGGAGAGGGGGCUGAGGAUGCUGGGGCGAAGGCGCGAGAGGGGCCAGGGGGGAAGGCGAAGGGCGGUGUGAAGGCGGCUGCGGGUAGCGAGAAGAAGGGGGCUGCGGCUGGGAAGGGCGCAGGCAAGGCGGUGAAGGCAGCUGGUGAUGUGGGAGGGGCGAAGGCGGAUGCGUUGGCAGGUGGGGGCCGUCCGGGCAAGAAAGCCAAGCAGGCAAAGCAGUGAGACCUUUGCGACUGCAGGAAUGACAUGGGGAUGGCAACAUUGUUAUUUUGACGUUUUCGGACUUAGACGAGCAUGUGGACGCUUUCCUUAGGGGGCUUUGCUGGUUAGCGCUGGAAUAGGUGACAACGGGCGUGUUGUGCUGAGCUUGAAAGCGACCCUUGGAAGGCGCUUCCUGCACGUGUGCACGUGCGUCAACGGAGGCCUACGUGACCUAGAACACGAUUCCCCUGACAACACACUUCCUCAGUUGGUACGCGCUGCUGUAGAAAGCUGUGAAGCGGUACAUGGAUGGCACUGUCUGUGGCGCAUGCAUUCCAUGUCGGUAUGGUCAUGUAGGGUCCGUUGCAUGCCGCAAGGCGUGAGGUGCCAAACUUGGGAGGCGAGGGCUUCAUGGGGGCGGGUGAGUGGAAAGGAAGUGUAACGGGAAGCGUG